AUGUCAGAGCCACAGUCUUCGCUUUUAUUGAAAAAGCAGCUAGCUGAAUUGAACAAAAAUCCAGUAGAAGGCUUUUCUGCUGGGUUGAUAGAUGACAAUGACAUAUACAGAUGGGAAGUCCUCAUCAUCGGUCCUCCAGACACGUUAUAUGAGGGUGGAUUCUUCAAGGCACACUUACAUUUUCCUAAAGAAUAUCCUCUGAGGCCACCGCGGAUGAAAUUUGUCACUGAAAUAUGGCAUCCGAAUAUCGAAAAGAAUGGUGAUGUUUGCAUAUCAAUAUUACACGAACCUGGUGAUGACAAGUGGGGCUAUGAAAAGGCCUCAGAGCGGUGGUUGCCAGUGCACACAGUCGAGACCAUUCUUAUAAGUGUAAUUUCCAUGCUGGCAGACCCUAAUGAUGAGAGCCCCGCCAAUGUUGAUGCUGCGAAAGAAUGGAGAGAGCGAUAUUCGGAUUUCAAAAAGAAAGUUGCGAGAUGUGUUAGGAAAAGUCAAGAAGAUUGUUUUUAG